AUGUACAGAGCUGCUAACUGCUCAGUUGUCACUCUAAUUCCUAAGCACAAGGGUGCGAAAGAGAUACAAGACUAUCGACCUAUUGCGUGCUGUAGUACCCUAUACAAAAUCAUAUCCAAGAUUUUGGCCAACCGACUCAGCAAAGUACUAGGUAUGAUAAUUGGUGCGAAUCAAGCAGCAUUUGUCAAAGGGCAGAGAAUUCAUAACCAUAUUCUAAUCACGUAUGAAUUGAUUAAGGGAUACGAAAGGAAGAAUAUUUCUCCCCGGUGUUUAAUGCAAAUGGACAUUCAAAAAGCAUAUGAUGCGGUUGAUUGGAAUGCGCUUGAAAAGAUUUUUAAUGAGGUGGGAUGCCCACAACAGUUCACUAAAUGGGUGAUGACAAUGGUAUCAACUAUUUCUUAUAGAUUUAACAUAAACGGGCAUCAAACUGACAUCAUGGCAGCGAAACGGGGGCUUAGACAUGGUGACCCGAUAUCACCUAUGUUGUUUGUCAUUGUAAUGGAAUGCUUGAACAAAUACUUAGACAAGAUGCAGGAAGAUUGUGACUUCAAUUAUCACCCUAAAUGCGAUAAAUUGAAAAUCACGAACCUUUGCUUUGCGGACGACUUGCUUAUGUUUUCCAGGGGAGAUAAGGUUUCGGUUGAAAUGAUGAUGAAGACUUAUGGGAAAUUUUUGAAGGCUACAGGUCUUGCAGUGAAUCCACAGAAGUGUCAAAUUUAUUGUGCUGGCAUGGAUGAGUUGACAAGGCAAAAUGUUAUUAAAGCCUCUGGGUUCCAAGAAGGUCGGCUUCCUUUUAAGUAUCUGGGGGUUCCGGUUACAGGUAAAAAACUCUCUAUGCGCCAUUAUGCACCAUUAAUAGACAAAAUCAUGGGCAAGAUAAAACAUUGGACUACUCGAUUAUUGACCUACGCGAGGAGGCUUCAACUCAUAAACUGUGUUAUGUUUGUGAUGACAAAUUACUGGCUAACUUGUUUCCCUUUCCCCAAAACUGUUAUACAUAAAAUUGAAUCGAUUUGUCGCAUUUUCCUCUGGACAAGAGGUUUUGAGGGGAGCCGUAAAGCACCCGUAGCGUGGAAACAGGUUUGUAGUCCACGCAGUCAUGGCGGGCUGAAUGUCAUAGACAUUAAAGUUUGGAAUAAAACAACUUUAUGA